AACACCUGUCCCUGCAACGGCGUUUCGACACACUGCUGAGGUGGCCAAACUCGCCGUCCAGCAUAUACAAGAAAUCUCCUCAACCUUCUCGACGGAACGAUUGGCCUCUAUGACUUUGUGUCUCGAUCAAUUGGGCAUCGUUCUCACUACGGUCGGGGAACUCGAGGAAGCAUAUCAAGCGUCAAACGAAGCUGUGCAGCUGCGCCGUGUGCUUAUUAAUGCCAAUCCGAAAGCGUACAGUUCUCAACUUGCCUGGUCUUUGGGUAAUCUUUCAGAAGCCCUUGCAAGAGGCGGCGAUAUUCCCAACGCGCUCAUGGCUAUCGAGGAGGCAGUUCAAUUGUAUAAACCUCUCGUGGAGAAGGAUCCUAGGUUCACUGAGAAUCUGGCGUGGGGGCUUGGUACGCUAUCGAAGAGGCUCGCGCAGGUCCCAGGGGAACAUCUAGGAGCAAAGAAAGCCCUGGAAGCGAUUCAAGAGGCAGUCGAGCUCUACAGACCCCUCGUCAGCCAUCACAUAGAGGUCUACGGCCAGAAUCUCGCCUGGGCUCUCGGCACCCUAUCACAGCGUCUAGCCGAGACAAAGCGCUACUCAGACGCACUACCUGCUGCACAAGAGAGCGUGGCACUGCUGCGUGAUAUUGCAGAUUGCAAGCCCGAAACCGCAAUCACGCCUGACCUGGCUCUGCAGCUGCGAAACCUGGCCUCCCGGUACUCGGACGCUGGAUGCAGUGCAGAAGCGCUCGAGACGAUCGAGGAAGCCAUCAAGCUCUAUCGACUGCAAUGUUUGCGCCUACCGCGGCGGUACAAUCCCGAGCUGAUGCGUGCACUUCAUAUGAAGUGUACGUUCCUGGAGGUGGCGGGCCGGAGGAAGGAAGCGCCCGCCCCGCUGAGGGAAUCGAUCGCCCUUCUUCGGGAUCUGGAAAAGCGCCAGCCGGCAUUGUAUCGCACGACGCUAGAGAGCUACUUGCAGCGGCUCCAGGAGUUGACUGUGACUGUGGGAUCCGACGACGGAGAGACGGAGGAGACAGAAGCAGAACACAGUCAUGUAGAAGGAGAGUAACCGGGCGGAUACUCCAUCGCAGGGAAUAUCUAUCGUAUCAUAGUUUAUUUCCUGGACCUCGUUGAUGUACCAACCUCUGUACCGCGCGCGACUUCAUACUUAUGCGUGUACCUGAGGAUGUACCCUCACGUUAGUUGUAUAAAUG